AUGCAAAUGAAGGUUUAUGGAAGAUUCAGAAAGUAUACUGCUGUUUUAGAUAGUCUAAAGGAUGAACGAAAGGAAGAUAAUUCCUUCAGUAGUGACGAUGAAAAUGGCUACAAGGUGGUAAGUGAUGAUACAACAACGGUCAACGCAACACAGGAGACUAUACCAGAGAUAACAGAGAAUAUUAUUACUGUAAAUAAAAGAUCAUCCGCUGAUACUUCCGUGAAAGAUGGUUGUGUGUGGAAAUUUUUAGAGAAACCAGGAGUGACGAAGGUUAAAAGAAGGAGGGUUUUAAGGGAGGAAUGUGUGAAUGACCCCACUGAUACAGUGUUCUCCAAAGCUGUUAACACUGUACAGGAUAUAAUCUCCUCAUUGAAACCUGCAGAGGAAGUUAUUAGAGGUCUGGAGCCAAAGAUGACUGUUGAACGGUGUCAAUGUGCUGAUUCAAGUAAAAUCAGCUAUGGUAGAACAAGAACUAUGUUAAUGAAAACAGAACAGGCUUCUGAGGAUGAAGGCAAUAUAGUUGAAGAAAAUUCACUUGAAGAUGAAGGCGAUGAUCCUUCUGGGAUUAUGGAAUCGCAACAUUUUAACCAAUUAAGAAACAUGGGCGAAUGGGUAAAGUACCAAGACGAUUUGGAUAUUGUUAUCAACUAUGAAUAUAAUUCAGUUGGAGACAAAAGGGCAGCGUUACUCAGUUUAUGUCUAGACAUGAUCAACAAUGAAAAACUAUCACAAUACAUCGUAAGAUAUCGCCACCACGAGUUCUGGAAAUGGUGUUUUGAGUUUACAGAUCCUAACCAGAAAGUGCUGUCAUUCUUACAGUGCUUCAUUGUUGAUACAAUUCCCCUUAAAAAUGAUGAUAGCUUCUGGCGUAUGAUUUCUCUGGAAGAAUUCAUUUUACCCCUUGUUACUGAGGAAUCACUUCCUAAGCAAAUCGCGGGAUCUCGAUUAGUGAAGUUGAAUUAUAAAGAUUUCAUGAAGGUGUUUCCACACCGUUCUCUUGGAAAUUUGGUAUUGAAGAUUUGGAAUCGGCAUACUGAUUCCAUUGGAACUAGUGAGAUAUCUAUCCCCGUGUUCAGCGCACUGUUACCUACUACUGAUAUAGAGGAUACUACUACGAUUCUCUGUCUAAUUGAGAAAAACAUACCAGCAUCUCAUAGUCCAGAUACUCGCUACAAGAAACAAUAUCAAUCUCUUUUCAACCUAUUAAUGUCUCUGAGAAACAAUGUGCUUGAUAAAGAAGCUAUUCUAAAGUGUUUUAUCAAACUGACAAACCAUUGCCAUUUGUUAGAAAUGAAAAAAGACUCAUUGACCAUAUUAUUUCAAGAUUCGGUAACUCUUCUUCAUAAACUUAAAAAGUCAUUUUUAUCUACUGACGAAGAUCCAAUGAUAAAUAUGCUUAUUCUACACCUCGGGUUAUGUCUGAAUGUUAUAACAGAAGUGCCUUUGACUAUCGGCACUACCCAACUUGAUUCUUUAACAAAAAUUUUUAACACCAUUUACAAGAAUGAGAACAUUAAACAGGAAUUAUCCUUUAUUCAUGAUCUAUUUCUACUGGUUUUUGCUUAUAGCAUCCAUGAAUAUAAAAUGGUUAUCGGUGGGUGUGAACUGGCAUACCUGAAAACGCAACUUAGUGUGUUUGCAUCCGAUGUUGAGUCAUAUAACAAUAGCAUAUAUGAAAGGACCGCCUAUAUUCUACAACGAAUAUAA